GUUUUACCGAGUGCGACUGUGUGCGUACAGCUCAUCUCACCUCUGCGUGACACUGCUGUCGGUGAACAGUCGCCACAUUUCCUCUAGGAGCCGGCGCGGCGAUCAGAAACUGGUCAGAAAGAGCAGGGCGGUGAAGUCAUGUUCCGACUCCUCAGUCGUCAAGGUAAGAGGACGCCGAGUUGCCUCUCAGGCCAGCGGCGCCAUGAACACCACAAGGCCGUCGUGGCCAUCCGCCGCGAAGACAUCAACCCCUGGGAGAGGAGGGCGCCACUGGCCCCGCGCCACGUCAAAGAACUCACCAACGCCGGCGUCAAAGUCCUGGUCCAACCAUCCAACCGCAGAGCGAUCCACGAGAAGUAUUACAUGAAAGCAGGAGCCGUCAUUCAGGAGGACAUUUCAGAGGCUUCUCUGAUUAUCGGGGUGAAGAGGAUGCCGGAGGAGAAGGUCAUUCCUAAGAAGACGUAUGCCUUCUUCUCCCACACCAUCAAGGCUCAGGAGGCCAACAUGGGCCUUCUGGAGGACCUGCUGAAGAAGGAGGUUCGUCUGAUCGACUAUGAGAAGAUGGUGGAUGCUAACGGCUUCCGGAUCGUAGCGUUUGGUCAGUGGGCCGGUGUGGCAGGAAUGAUAAACAUUUUGCACGGACUGGGUCUGCGCUAUCUGGCUUUAGGGCAUCACACUCCCUUCAUGCACAUCGGCAUGGCUCACAACUACAGGAAUGUCAGCCAGGCCAUCCAGGCAGUGAGGGAUUGUGGGUAUGAGAUCUCCAUGGGGCUCAUGCCCAAAUCCAUCGGCCCCGUGACAUUUUGUUUCACCGGAACCGGCAACGUCUCCAAGGGAGCUCAAGACAUCAUCAACGAGCUUCCCGUUGAAUACGUUGAACCUCACGAGUUGAAGGACGUCUGUGAAGCUGGAGAUAUGACCAAAGUGUACGCCACGGUUCUCAGCAGACACCACCACCUGAUACGGAAGAGCGACGGCGUCUAUGACCCCUUGGAGUAUGAGCACCAUCCGGAACUGUACACCUCGCACUUCAGGACCAGCGUGGCGCCUUACACAAACUGUCUGAUCAAUGGUAUCUACUGGGACCCCCACACCCCCCGACUCCUCAGACGACUGGACGCCCAGAAACUGAUAAGACCCAAAACCUCGUCUACAGCCAGGGAGGGGUCACCGCAGCUGCCUCACAAGCUGCUGGCGAUCUGUGACAUAUCUGCCGACGCCGGAGGCUCUAUAGAGUUCAUGAACGACUGCACCACCAUUGAUAAGCCUUUCUGUAUGUACGACGCUGACCAACACAUCGAUCAUGACAGCGUGGAGGGAAACGGGAUCCUCAUGUGCUCCAUCGACAACCUUCCUGCUCAGCUCCCCAUCGAAGCCACAGAGUACUUCGGAGACCGACUCUUCCCCUACAUCUGGGAGAUGCUGCCUUCAGACGCCACCAGACCGCUGGAGGAAGAGGAGUUCAGCCCGCAAGUCAGAGACGCUGUCAUCACCUCAAACGGAGUCCUCACCCCGAAGUUUGAAUACAUUGAAAAACUUCGAGAGAGAAGGGAGAAAGCUCAGAUCAUGAAGAAGAGCGGGAUGAAGCGAGUCCUGCUGCUGGGUUCAGGAUACGUCUCCGGACCUGUUGUUGAGUAUCUGACCCGCGAUGAGGGGACUCAGGUCACUGUGGCCUCAGUGCUGCUGAGGCAGGCGGAGGAGCUGGCAGCCACAUAUCCAAACACCAUCCCCGUCAUGCUGGACGCCACCAGCCAGGAGGGACACCUGGACUCUCUGGUCAAAGAUCACGACUUGGUCAUCAGCAUGCUGCCGUACGCGUACCACCCGCUCAUCGCCAAACACUGCAUCAAGAGGAAGGUGAACAUGGUGACAGCCAGCUACCUGAGUCCUGCCAUGAAGGAGCUGCAGAGCAGUGCUGAAGAGGCGGGAGUCACCAUAGUGAAUGAGAUGGGGCUGGAUCCAGGCAUCGACCACAUGCUCGCCAUGGAGUGUAUCGACCGAGCCAAAGCCGACGGCUGCACUGUGGAGUCCUACAGUUCGUUCUGCGGCGGUCUUCCUGCUCCGGAGUGUUCAGACAAUCCUCUUCGCUACAAGUUCAGCUGGAGUCCGUACGGCGUUCUCCUCAACACCAUCAGCCCCGCCGUCUUCCUCAAAGACAGCGAGGUGGUGAGCAUCCCAGCCGGCGGCGCUCUCAUGGACUCCACGACACCGAUGGAUUUCCUUCCUGGUUUCAACCUGGAGGGAUUUCCAAACCGUGACAGCACCAAGUACGCCGAGCCGUACGGCAUCCAGACGGCACACACACUGAUCAGAGGAACACUGCGCUUCAAGGGCUUCUCGAAGGCCAUGAGUGGUUUUCUCAAACUGGGUCUGAUCAACAGCGAGCCCUGUCCCAUCCUGCAGAGUACUUCCUCUCCUGUCUCCUGGAAAGAGCUCCUCUGUCAGCAGAUGGGAUUGUCCUCUUCCAUCUCCCAGGAUGCAUUUGAAGAAGCCGUAUACGAACGCAUCGAAAAGGACGACUUCAGGAUGGAGUCCCUGAGAUGGUUUGGGAUGCUGAGCGACGAGGCGGUGCCUCACGCAGACAGCAUUCUGACUGCUCUGACAAAACAUCUGGAAGUCAAACUGUCCUUCGAUAAGGGCGAGCGAGACAUGAUCAUCAUGAGGAAUGAUGUGGGGCUUCGCCACCCAACUGGCGAGCUGGAGACCAAACACAUCAGCCUGGUGGUGUACGGUGAUCCCAAUGGCUUCUCCGCCAUGGCCAAGACUGUAGGAUACCCAGCAGCCAUUGCUGCACGUAUGGUCCUCAAUGGUGAAAUCAGUACAAAGGGUCUGGUCAUACCGAUGACGAAGGACAUCUACAGCCCAGUGCUGGCCCGACUGAAGGAGGAAGGACUGAACUUCAUGUUCAAGAGCACCUUGCAGGAGUAGAGCUGAAGCUCCAAAGAGAGCAGAUACUCACUGUAAAUGUCCUGUCUAACAACUCCAGAGAAAGUUUAUAUAAUCCACAUGCGAUCAUUUCUGCCUUUUCACCAUCUCAGACCUGCCUGCUUAUAGUCGGUGUAUGAAAUUAUAUUUUUAACUCACCAGCAGCUGAUAAAAUAAAUAUCAGUGAUAUUUUUUCUUUUUCUUUUCAAAAACAAAGGGUUCCAAGGCCAACAAGGGAAAAAUUAAACCUUAUGAUUAUCUGGCGAUACUUUAAAAGUCUCUGUUAGUUUUAGGUCAAAAAGCUGAAAAGGCAGCUGAUGAUGAUGUUCAGUAAUCUGCAGUGAAAUAUUAAUAUCCUGAGUUUGGCUUCACUCGCUCAUGUGCGCCGAACUGAAAUCACUGUUUUCACUGGCGUCAGCUGAUUCAGAGAAAAGUUCUUCUGUGAAGAUGUGAAAAAGGUUGACUGAUAAAACACUUUCAUUUUAACUAUUUCAGCAUUUAGAAAUCCAAAGCAUUAAAAAGCACAAACAUUGUGUCAUUCAUCAGGUUAAACUACUGUGGAAACCAGGUCUGACUUGGAUUUGAAACUAUAUCUCCCGGAGACUUUAUGGUAAAUUCUCACAUCCAGUGUAUGUAAAACCAUAUUGGUGCUCUUGUUAUUGGAAGGCUUGUUUUGUAAAGUGUCGCUUGGUUAGAAAUCAACAAAGAUGCUAAACCUUUAUAGUUAUAACUGUCUUUCUUCCCAUCACCUCAAAAUUUGUCACUGAUUUCUGUAUUAAUUAAAACUCCAACAAAACCAGCUCAAAACUGCUCUGACCUUCACAAACUGUGAAAAAAAUCAAAAAAGAAAGUCGUCACCAUAGUUACAAACCUGCUUCAGUAUUUCUACAAAAA